AUGGAUAGUCUAUAUAUUUUAAUUUUUAUCUUUUUAAUUAUCAUUUUUUGUUUCUAUAUUUUAUAUAAAAAUAUAAUUAAUAAAAAUAAAAAUAAUAAUAAUAAUAAUAAUAAUAGUAGUUAUAAUAAUAAUAUUAAUAAUAACAAUUAUAAUAAUGAUAAUAAUAAUAAUAUUAAUAAUUAUAACUAUAUUAAUAAUAAUAAUAAUAAUUAUAAUCAUUAUAAUUUUAAUAAUAAUAAUAAUAAUUUUUAUAAUAAUAAUAAUAAUAAUUAUAAUCAUUAUAAUAUUAAUUAUAAUAAUAAUUUUAAUAAUAAUAAUAAUUUAAAUAAUUAUAAUGAUAUUUAUAAUAAUAAUAAUAAUAAUAAUAAUAUUACUUUAAAUAAUCAUAAUAACCAUUAUAAAAAUUAUAAUUUUAAUGAUAAUAAUUAUUAUAAUGAUAAUAAUAAUAUAAUUUAUGAUAACAAUGAUAACAAUGAUAAUAAUUAUAAUAAUAAUAAUAAUAAUAAUAAUAAUAAUAAUGGUAAAAAUGGUGUAAGAUAUUUACCAUCUCGUUUUUUCAAAGAUACACCAACACAAGAAACACAAGAAAGAACCACCCCAAACUUUAUUCCUUCAAACAUUGCCUCUAAUGAUAGCAAUAACAAUAACAAUAAAAACAAUAUCAAUAAUAAUAAUAGUAAACAAUCAUUAGAGUCGGAUCCAUUAGUUUUAGAGAUUCUAAGAAGGGAUAAUGAACAGACAGAAAGGGAGAAAGCCAGCAAAGCUCUCAGAAAAGAAGUAUUAGAUUUUGCAAGAGAAAUCAGAGAAUCUGAACGUUCAGAAAGACUAAUCAGAGAAAGACAAGAAAGAGAACGUUUAGAACUUUUAGAAAGAGAGCAACAAGAAUGGGAACGUACCCAAUACUUAUUAAGAAUUGAAAACGAACGUCAAGAAAGGGUACGCCAAGAACAAUUAGAGACUGAAAGAAGAGAAAGAGAAAGAGUUGCAAGAGAGCAACAAGAAAGGGAACGUGCCCAAACUUUAUUAAGAGAAAGGGUACGUAGGGAUGCAUUAGAAAGAGAUAGAUCACAAAGAGUUGCCAGAGAUCAACAACAACAUUUGGAAGAAGCCCGAGAAUAUAUUCGUUACUUAAAUUCAUUAAGAGAACGAUUAGAUGUAUUACUUCAACAAAGGGCAAAUAGAAGAAAUUUAGAAAGAGAACGUGCCCAAGAAACACAAGAAGAAAAUCAAAGGGUACGUGGAGAACAAUUUGAAGCCUUAAGAUUGCAACAAGAAAGACUACAACAAAUAAGAUUGCAACAAGAAAGUCAACCACAACAAAUGGAACAAGACGAAGACCAAAACAUCUGA